UAUCAGCGAUAUGUGAUUGUGCAAGUGCAUUGCAAAUAGUUUUACCUAAUCAUGGACAUCCUCAAGAUAAUCAUUUUACUAUUUACAAUCACAGGCGUUUGUCAGAGUUAUAGAAUUUGGAGCAACGAGUGGAGAGAUCCAGGUGGUGAUCAGUGUGAUACAGCAAUCAGAGAAACAAUCCAGGAAGACAGAGCAACGAUCGUAGAUGACACACCAGACAGACUCCAUUCAAUUUGGCUAUCUCAAGAAUGUGAAGUGAGGGCGGGUCCGGAGUAUGUCAUCAGGAAAUACACGUUCUUCGAGAAUGGCACAUUUUUACUGAUGAGACAUCAUUAUGCCGAGGAGUCUUGUAGUGUAGCGACACAUACCGUUGUGGCAAGGGGAAUCAUUCGAAUCCUGUCAUCAUCUGCAUCAGCCCCUGGUGCUACGGAAACUAGUUACCAGCUGGAACGCGUUCAUAUUGUUCCACUGACACGACAGGUCGCCCACAAAUUCGGCCAUCGUGUUAAUGUGACCUGCACUCCGCAGCCGCGUUGGCGACCCUAUGUGCCCCAAAUAAUUUACGAACAACCGUUAAAACGUAGUUCGAAGUUCAAUUGGGAAGGGCCUACAUACAAUUCCUUUCAACGUCCGAUUCCCUCGAGGAAAUACGGUGCUCUCAAUUGUCUAGGUCCCUUGGGUAUUGAUUUCAAUGAGCUGCGUCUCGUGAGAGUUCAAAGGAAGCCCUCAACAUCGACAGCAUUUGGAUUGGGCCCCAAUGGGGAACCCAAAGUCGAGCUUUUCCUGGGGAGUCUAUCUCCAAAUGUUCAUGUGAAGAAAUCCCACAGGUCUACAUCGUUGCAGCCAACCGCUCUCCUUCGAGCUGAUACGAUCAAAGGCUGUUUGGUGUGCAGUGCAAUAUCCAGGGGGACUGAGAACAGUCCACCUCUUCUCCACGAAGUCGCAGCCCUUCCAGCACUUCUUGGUGGUUCAUGGAUAUCUGGGAAUUGCGAGAGCUGCGAGGGCGGUCUCUGGAUAAAACGUCAACUCCAAGUCUACUCUGGUGAUCUCCUCUGGACAGGUCGUUGGGAUUAUUUCGCCGAUGCCAAAUGCAAUAAAUUCAUCUACGCAGUUACAGCAGCAGGGAGCUACAUCCAACGUCCGGGACAUCAACGCCAUCAUCAGCUCACCGAACAAGAUUUCCUCGAGCCAAAAGAGACUAUCAUCAAUUACCCCAUCGAUGAAAUAGCAGAGACUGAAAUAUUCACAUCGUAUCCUGAAAAACCGAAACGAUAUGCACGACAGGUUCAGUACAACAAGAGGGAUUUUUCUCCCUGGAUGAAACCAGAAAUGGCGAAGAAAUUGUUGGAUAUUUACGAGGAGGACCGCAGUCUUCGUGCUGCCAUGAUACCGAAAAUAAACUUUGACAAAGUAAUUGAUGGUCAAUUGGAAACUUCAGAAUCCACAACAGAAAUACCGAUAACCACAGCAGUCACAACAACCACAACAACCACAACAACCACAACAACCACAACAACUUCAGAGACAACGACAAAAGAAACUAAGAAAGUGCCUGAACAAACGACAGAAUCAUUAGCAGAUCUCGCUCUGCGAAGGACUUUGGGUUCAGACAAAUCUUACCGCCACCUUCUUGGCAGCACUCAUCCUUCCCUGGCGGAAUCAUUUGCCGCAAUGCUCCGUGGAAAUCAGAGACGUGAAGAAACAACGAAAAAACCCUUGGAUCAGGUGUCAUCAAUUCCUGCAGGAACCACUGAACUCGAUCUUCAUGUGGCUGAGAGCCUUCUAAUCGUUGGGGAUUUAUCGAUAGCAGCAAGAUGUGGAGCUCAGAUAGUCAGUGAUGGAAGUGGAGGACUCAAGGUGAAGCCCCUGGGCUCGUGGCCAAGGAAUUGUGUUAGACAUGCACUCGAGGCCCCUUCGACUCUUGGAUUGAGAGCUAGAGUUGGGGUCAAUUGGAGUGGGCAGUAUACGUUGCUUGUUGGGCCCAGGGAUGAUAAUCUCUGGGAGGCACCUUUGCGACAGUGUGGGAGAACUCCUAGUUAUAAUCCUUCACUAAGGGCUCAUCUCAGACUGAGCUUGGGCCACAGAUAUGGGCUCUUGCAAUCUUCUGGCACGAGUUCCACCCGUGCUUCACAAAAUCUUCAGCUAUCCGCUGUUAUCCUGAUAAUUAAUUUUUUUUUCUGCCAUUCGUCUCGUAAUUAGAAGAGUUUAAUUGAUCAACUGGAGAAGAAUAAUGGAAACAAUUGGCAAAUUAGUCGUUUAAUUAAUUAAUCGGCUCUGUGUAGCGGAUCGAGAAAAUUCGGAAAAAUUUCAACAGAACCAACCGAAAAUUAAUAGAAUGCCAAUUCAAUAGAAUUAUCUUGUGACUUUCGUAGAAAUCUUGUAAAUACUUUCCUUAUAUUGUACAUAUGUAUUUAAUGAAGAUGUAGUUGAUUCAGCUGCUGCGCAUGGACGAACACCAACCAGUGACUCAUUAGGGAUAAAAAUCGUAUUUAAGAUUAGAUUUAUUUAAUUAAAAAAAAUAGGUUGGUGUUGCUGCCGCCUAAGGGAUACCCCCCCAGUGAAAUUUUGACGAUAAAGCAUUGUAAAUAGUAUAAUAAAAAAUGUAAAUAAUUCUGUACAUAUUCAAUAUAGUCAUGUUUAAAAUCAA